AUGGCAGGCUAUGGUGGAGCUGCAGACGGAACAGCUUAUAACCCUCAAAGUCAAAUGAAUUUGAGUUCACUCAAAAAUCAAAUAACAGAUGUCAAAAAGUCAAACAUAGACAUACAGAAACAAAUAAGUGAAAACGAAAAGAAACUAGAAUAUGACAGACACACAAAGAAACUCAAUGAGUUAAACGUAGAGAAAAAGAAGAAAGAAGAACAACUGAAAGAACUAAGUACAGAGGAAUAUGCGAAAAAAGUGUCAGAAAAAGCAGCAGAAGUAGCAAAAAUGGAACAAGAUGUUAUAAAUUUGAAAAACCAUACUACUCAAUAUAAAGUACUGAAAGAUGAAGAGAUAAAACAAAAAGCCCUGAAGACAUAUAUGGAUAGCGAUGAGUAUAAAAAAGAAGUUGAAGCAAAUGUAAAGGCAGAAAAACUUUUACAGUUGCAAAACCAAACCGUACAGUAUGAAAACUUAGCACAAGAAAGUAAAAAUAACGACGCAGCCAUGCAAAAGGCAAUGAAAAGCGCAGAAUAUAUAAAAGCUAAUAAUGACUGGUUAGAUGCCCAAGCCAACGCUAAAGCAGCCCAACUUAUAGGGUCAAUAAGGACAAAAAUACAAGCGGAUGAAGACAGUUCAAAUGAAGCUUUAAUGAAUGCUGACUUUAAGAACGCCUUCGAAGCUCUUCAUAGUAAGGUGAAACUAGUGAACGACUUCUCAUCUGGAAAGAAACUGAAGUCUGAAGGUUUCGACAACGAGUUAAGAGAAGUAGCACAAAAUAUGACGAAAAUAACAGAUGCAGCAACGAGACAGGCAGUUCAAAGUGCCUAUGACGCCGUUAGAGCAACUGUUGUGGAAAGUCAAGAAAAAGAGUUACAACAGACUAAAACAGACCUAGUAAAUGCUUUCUUAAAAACGAAAAGUCAGGUAGGACAUUAUGCUGCAGAUGGAACAUAUGUGCCAGCUG